AUGGCACUGCGAUGGACACUUGGGCUCAUGACCUUGUCCCUUCUCGCUGCGGCUGACCUAACGUCAUACCUGCAGCGCCGCGAGGAUGACGCCCUCAUGUGCCUCUACACAUUUGACCAUCCGAGCCUGGACUCCCAAGUCCCCAACUGCCCGUUCGGUUCCCUCGUUCCGACUCCAGGCUUGGUAGCUCCCUUGGGCGACGACCAAGUCGGGUACCGCUGGAACCCCUCGGACGCGAUCGACAUGGUACAGCUGCAAUCAUCCGAUGUGGUGGAAUCUCGCGCGUUCUACGAGCCAGCCCUGGGGAAGCGGGGGGUGACGUUUGAGAUGGUGUUUCGGCUGUACAAACUGGCCGCGUCCAACGUGAACGUCAACUUGUUUGCCAUCUCGUCGCCGUACGACGACUGCAGCAACCCUGGCUUUCGAGUCGAAGUGAGCGAUCGACACCUGCUCGUGCUCAUCUUUUACGUGCUCAAGCCAGACAACUCGGUCCAAGUGUGCUUUGAGCAGCAUUUCUACUCGAUGAUGGAGAAACGCGGGUUCAGACCAUGCCAGAUCCCGUUUGGCGCGUCCCCCCGAAAUGGAGACAACCCCCCUCCCCCCAUCGUGCACUUUUUGAUCUCGAUCAACCCGAACGAUCCCACCCGGGGGGCCUGGACCACUAUCUUUCAAGUGACGUACUACGAGGCGGACGGGUCCAUUCGGGAAUGCAUUGCGUACAAUUCCAUGGAGGGCGUUCGCGGCUUCGCCGACCUCAGAGUCUUCGGCAACUACAAACUGUAUAUUGGAAACAACGGCCGUCGUGUCAAGCACCGCGUCCCCCGCAAAGUCCCCUACGUAGCCCCCCCGUCGCCCCCUGGCCCAACCGUGACGCCCCGAGAAGUGACCAUGCUCGACAACCUCGGCAACUAUUUGUACAUGGCGCUGCCCCAACUCGACGGGCUGUUUUUGGCGUUCAACGGGAAAAAAGUGGUCGAAAUCAGCCCAAAGGGGAUCUCCUUUGGGGAUGCAGGCCGGGUGUACAACGUUGGCGACAUUGGUCGAUGGAUCAAGAGUGCUUUGUCCAAAUUGAAAGACUCGGCGGCUCUUCGACUGCGCAAGACGGAGAUCUAUGCCCAGCUAGACGCCAUGGCAGCCGCCAACAAGCCCCCUCCCCCGACGCCUCAGGCGUCCGUCGACUGGUCCAAGACCCCCCUGCACGCACGGUACCCCCUUCCGAACGCAUCCAUUGACAUGGACGUGUUUUUGUUUGCGAUUGCGUCCAAAGUGUUCCUCGUGAGCCGACUCAUUGAAGUGCCGACGAUCGAGUUGCCACACAUGGGCACCAACAACCGCAAGCGAACCAUUACAAUGAUGCAAGACACGUCCAUGACGAUCCCUCUGCGAGCAUUUACGUUUAAUCGCCGCACGUCCCCGCCCCUUGUGAUCACGCAGUGGCCAGAAUUCGGCACCCUGUCGCAAUGCGCCUCGUCUGGAGUAGGGGAAAAGGUGGUCGCGUCCACGGUCUUGAACGAUGGCUGUGUCGUGUAUACCCCGCCAGCCAAGCGCUCGAACACCAACAUUCCGGGGGGAAAUCCGUAUUUAGUCGAACGGCGAGCUGCCCAGCCGUUCGCGACUUUGGGGUAUGCGGUGGCCGGGACAAAGACCGCCGCCGCGACCGUGCACUUCUUUGUGACCGCUGCCCCCUUAUCGGGGUCCGGGCCGACUCCAUUGGUUGCAUCAAACACCACUGUCAAGAAAAAAACGAAUCCCCCGAUUGCCAACUUGCCCCCCACUACAAUGACAACUGCCGUACUAGUGGCGCCUCCAUAUCAGUACAACGUGCGGACCCGGGACAAUGGGAAGGUCACGCUUUCCCUUCGCCUUCAUUCGGUGCGCCCCCUCCAUCCCAAGGUGAUGCUGCGAGUUACGUUGAAGAGCGGCAUGGAAGCCAAGGUAGCGAUUACGUCCGACCCGUUGCGGAAUGCCAGUCGUGCCGCGCAUUGCGGCAUGCAGCUCAAGUUUGGCGAAGUGUGCUGGGCUCGUGACUCAAAUAGCUCUGGGAUUGAGUACGAGCUCACUGGAUUGUGGCUGAGCUCGGCGCAAGUGACGUUUCGAGGCGAGUGGACCCAAGUACAAAAUGCGUUAACGGACCUAGUCGUCACCGACAGUGUGAGGUACCCCCACGUGACCAAGCUCAAACUCAAAAUUGAAUCGCUGACACCAACUUUGGCCACGUUUCCGGUCGUGAAGCGAACGAUUUCAAUUCAGUUUGCGCCACCCAUGACCACCACCACCAUGACGAAUGUCAUGUCUUUGUCGUCGUCAUCUGUGGAAGGGGGGGUUGAAGAGGCUGACUGCACCCCGUUGUUUUUCGUGCUGCCGGGCGUGUGCGAAGAGUCGUUUGGGGGGCGGUCUGGCAUUUGGGGAAGCAUUUUCACCGCGCUCGUGGUGGCUUGGGUGUUUGGGAUGUGGCAGGAACGGACGGCGGCGGGGCGCGCGGCGGCACUCGCCCAACGGACCGUCCAAAACGCCUCCGAGUUCAAUGCGAUCGUCCAACAGUUCAAGGGCGUGAUACAGGAGCCCAACAUGCACGCGGCGAUGGCGCUUCUUUCGUUAUGCGAAACCCACCACGAAACGUUGAUUGCGAUGGCGGGGGUGACUCUUGUCCUGACGGAAUCGCAGACAAUGCCUCGAUUCUGGAGUUUGCUCUUGUCCAGACAAGGAACCCAUGAACAGAUUGAAUAUAACAAGAUGGAGGACAUGAUGCGGUGGUACUGCCGCUUAAUCGGCCGGGGCUGGAUCAACGGCGUGUUGGACGCCGCGGUGGCCAAAGUGACGUCCUGUAACAUGACGCACGAACGCGAUUUGUGGGCUGUGGUCGAGACCACAAUGCGGUUGCAUUUGGCGACGGUGCCUAUGGAAAUCGCUCUUUUAUCGACCCUCGGGCCUACUCGAACGUUUGGCUUUGUGGACCACUUUUUGCGUCCGAGCCUGCAAGCGGCGGUUCCGCAGCUGCCCCUGGCACUGCAAGCCACCAUGGCUAGCCACGUCGACGACGUGGUGUGGAUGGAGCCCAUGGCCUCUGUUGUGCUGCAGCAAAGCUUUGACGCGAGCUACACUCCUACGCCAACUCCUCUAAGCGGUGGAUGCCAUGAACUGAUGCCACAUGCCCUCCUGCACCUCCUGUGCCUCGUCAAGAGGUACGAAGAAGGGAUGGUAGCGUUAUGCCUACACCAAGACCAAGAUGAUGUGCCUCCGGUUGGUGUCCGGUUGGAGCAGAUCAUAGAGGCGUUGGGCAUCACCAAGCAAAACUACACGGACCUCGUGGGUCUUACCCAAUGCACUACCAUGGCGGUCGAGUAG